AUGUCGCACUAUGCGGCUCUAAAACAUGUUUUUAGGUCAUAUCUUGUAUCUAUUUGUCUUUUCAUUCCUUUAGUGUUGCCCAUCCUGGGGAGUGGUGAAGAUGAGAAGAUCGCGUCCAGACUUACUGGAAAUCAAUGGGUUUACCUUAUUAUUGCAGAUUCCGUCCUUCUUCUUUUCGCCGCGCUCUUCGCCGGGCUGACCUUAGCUUUACUUGGACUUGACACCCUUUCCCUCGAGAUCAUCGCAGACAGCGGCUCCGAGCCGGAUAAGACCUACGCGCGGAAGAUUUUGCCGAUCCGAAAGCUCGGCAAUCAACUGCUGUUUACUUUAAUCUUGGGAAAUGUUAUGGUGAACACGCUCAUCACCCAAAUCACCGAUUCACAUAUCCGUGGUUGGUUUGCCACCAUCAUCGCAACCGCGCUUACAACAUUAGGUGGUGAAGUCAUCCCCCAGGCACUCAUGUCUGCCCACGCCCUCAAUGUUGGUUCAAAAUCGGUUCCGGUAGUGAAGUUGUUUGUUUUUCUUUUUUAUCCCGUGUGCAAACCGUUGAGUAUGGUGAUGGACAAGCUCAUCGGCACCGAUCCUGGGCAAAUUUAUGAACGCAAUGAGCUGAAAAAGCUCAUGUUCAUGCAUGCGGAGCAGAGCACCGAAACGGGUAUUGGCGCUGGUGAGGCGGAUCUGAUGGUUGGUGCGAUGGAGCUCUACGAGAAGACCGUGAUGGAGGUGAUGACGCCAAUCAGCGAUGUGCUGAUGCUCGAGGCCCACGAAAGGCUGAACGAGGAGCUUAUACAAUUGAUUUCUGACCGUGGCCACAGUCGAAUUCCGGUUUACCAAACCAACAAGAACAACAUCAUCGGGGUCCUUUUUGCCAAGGAUUUGUUGAUGACCAACCCCCAGGAGAACACCCGAAUUUUGCUGCUUGUGAGGUUCUACAAUCGUCGCUGCCAUAUUGUGCCCUCGGAGACCAAACUUAUCACCAUGCUCAAAUAUUUUCAGACCGGAAAAACCCAUAUCGCACUUGUCCAGGAGGUCCAUCAGUCCUCCCACGGCGACCCUUUCUACGAGGUCAAAGGCCUGAUCACGCUGGAGGAUAUUAUCGAAGAGCUAAUUCAUAGCGAAAUAUUCGACGAGUAUGAUUAUGACCCUCAUCAACAAGUAGUAAACCAGACGGUGGUGAAUUGCACGGUGAAUAAUUUGCCCAAACGAGUCCACAUCGGCAUCACCUCGAGGUGCAGCCGCCAGGUUCAGCUCAACGAAAAUGAGAUGCGGGCCUCCGCACUUUUCUUGUGUGAAUCUUUGCCAGAGUUGAAGACGGCGGACGCGGAGGGGUUGAUGAAUCUUCUGUGUAAUUACUCAACAGUGUAUCGCGUGCGGGCACCAAAGGAUGCUCGCGGGAUGGAGAACCUUGACAAGCAAAACGUGUGGUUGUAUCGCGAGGGUGCGGCGUCGUCGGUGUUCACGCUGAUCAUCGCCGGACGUGUGGAGAUCUUCGCGGCGAAAGGGAUCGUCUUCGAAAUGGGAAGCUGGUCACUACUUGCCGCUGAUGCCAUUACAAAUGAUAACUUUAUUCCUUCCUUUAGCUGCCGUGUUGUGCAAAACAGCACUUUGAUGCAAAUCACACGUGACGACUUUAAAGCUAUCCUGACGUUUUCCAAUAAACCCCCGAUUGAGUAA